AUGUUACUUAUUUUUCCUCUCCUUCUGAUCCUUCCGUCUGCCACGUUGGCACUCGUCGAUUGUUUAUCCGGAUUUGUUGGAAGAAUGCAGGCAUCCGUCGAAGAUAACCCGUUUCAUCUUAACGAUACUGCAAUGUGUUCUGCGAUGUACUGUAUCAAAGUCAUAAUUCAUUCUGCUCUAGAUGACGAUGGAAUUUUUCAACAAGGAAUCUCGUCUCGUUGUGCUUAUACCGGAGGAGAUCGUCAAGUGUGUCAGAAGAAUGAUGGAAAGUGUCAGGAUAUUUCAUUUUAUGAUGGAAUGAAGGGAAACACAUUUGAUCAACUGAUGGUUGCAUCAGUGCUUGAACAUGUUGAUGUAAUCGACUUGCUGAUAUCCACUGUAUUCUCAUAUCGUAAUCUCUCCAACAUACAAUCAAUCACAAUGAAUGCUCCAGUUCUUCCAAUUCCAGCACUACAAUGUGAAAUGAUCGGUCCUGCAUCCUGUGGAUUCAGAGUUUUGACUCUCUUCAAGAAGAUCAAGAAAGGCGUUGGAUGA